AUGUCUCACCAAUAUCCCGGACCAAAUUCUGUAAUUGAAUCGGAACAAUUACAUUUAUCCCAACAGUCUUCUCAAGCGUAUCAUAAUCAACAUCAAUGGGUUAUUAUUGAUGAAUCAUCCUCUAUUGCUUCCCCAAAUCAACGAAGCAAUAGACCUUCUCCUCCAGUACCAGUCAUUAAAGUACCUUUUCCACCCAUGGUCAAUCCUGAAGAAUUAAUUACAAGACCAAGGAAAGUAAAGUCCAAGAUCCCUACGAAACCACCGAAUGCAUUCAUGAUUUAUAGAAUGCAAUACGUUAAAGAGCUUCAUGCUAGAGAUCAUCGGUUGCCCAUGAGAAGCGUUUCUUCUGCAGUGGCUAGUUCUUGGAGGGAAGAACCUGAGCACGUUGUUGAACAUUAUGAAGAAAUCGCGAGAGAAGCAAGUAGGAUUUACAACCAAAAGUUCCCGAAACCACCUACUCCACAAAAAGGACCCGUCGCACGUCAUUCUCGUCGAAGAACUAUGAAUAUGCAAAGUGCUAUACCAAUGUCACAUAUUGAUAGUUCUCCAAGACCGCAUUUUCAUUCUCUUCAUAGAUUUUAUCCUAGUGAUCAUCAUAGUCAUCGAUCUUCUUUGAACACAAUCGUUCAUGGUCAUCACAAUUAUCAUAUGCAUUCUUCAAACCAACAAAAUCAGGCCAUUCCCUCAAUGAUGGAAUCUCAUUAUUCGUCAAAUCUUCUUGGUAGACCGUCAAUGCGUCCUCUUAGAACAUUAUCUACACCAUAUUCAACUACUACAAACCAUUCGUCAACUUUUCAUAUGCCUUCGCUGCCUCAUGUUCAUUCAUUCCAUUAUAUGGACGAUGUCGCUAAUAAUACUUCUGAAUGGGACUUUGCAGCUUCAGCGCAUGCUUAA